AUGUGUGGAGAAACCAACCGCCCAACAUUCGGAGGCACCAUUGCCGUCCUAUUCCCUCGAGGGACUCAUCAGAGCUCAAACACUUCAGAUGGAUCAUUAUCCUCAUCACCAGCAUCAGUAUCCUCAUUUGCAUCAUCAUCAUCGACUGGCUCGAUGUCAUCAUAUUCUCUUUUCUUCCGGGAUAUAGAUGCAACAACCCCUAAGACGAAAGCAAUCUUCCGAACGGAAGAUACAGAGACAUACCAUGUACUGAGAGGUUGUCGAAAUGUCGACAUGCGCAUUGAGAAAUACGGCGAUCUCUCCAUUACGUCACAAUCAAUCUCCCCACUUCAUCAAUUCCGUCUGAAUAUGGAACAGGAGAAGAGCCCCCAAACGACGAAUCCGAUGGAAAUCGAGUUCGAGCUGCCCGAGAGGCUGGACCUGGGCGUCUCGGAGAAGGGUGUCAUUGGCCGACAAGUGACAGUCAGAGAGCAAGGGGGUGAGAUCCUCGGUAUUGGAGUGGUUGGAUACAAUUAA